AUGCUUUCUCGUUCAUUAAGAAUUGUUAGUCAAAGAAGACUUUUAUCCACCACCAGAAUCUUGGCCAACAAGGCUCCACAAACCACCACUGAAGUCAAGACUGCCCAAGACUUGGCUGAAGUUACUGGUCCAGCAUCAUUGAUUGGUCCUGGUGCCAAGCCAGGUACUAUCCCUACCGAUUGGGAUCAAUCUACUGGUUUACAGAGAUUGGAACUCUUGGGUAAGAGAGAAGGUGUUGAUGUUUUCGAUAUGGAAAUGCCAAUCACCGAGGGUAAAGGUACCAUGGAUGAUCCAUUUUUGGUCCCAACUUAUAUUGGUUACAGAUAUGUUGGAUGUAAAGGUACUGCUGAACUUGACCACAAGCCAUACUGGAUGAAGGUUGAAGAGGGAAAGCCAUCUAGAUGUUGGCACUGUGGAACUGUUUUAAAGACCAAGUAUUUGGGUGAACCGGGUAUGGCUCAUUAA